GUCGUUUUCUUCUCGUGCAAAAAACUCUAUCCCGAUAAAUCAUGGAUUCACGGUGGCGAUAUUCGUACAAGAAGACUUCCUCGAAAAAUAGGAUUGGAAGCGCAACUCGUGAUCGUCAAGCUCUAUUUCCAUGUUGUCAUAGGAUUUGAUCAUGGCUUGGUCUUUCUACUUCACGCAAUAGUUGCAGGACUCGUGAGAAAAAUCGAAAUAGCAACCAGACACUGCAGAACGAUCGAAGUAGCAGAAUUUAAAAUUAAACCAGCACACACUUCAUAACUUAACCUUCUACGAAACUCAAAGUAGAGCAUUGAAGAGCCACUGGCUUCAACUCUGCAUUCGGGGAAAGAAAAAUACGUAUAAAUAAACUAGAAAAUAUAAAUAUUUAUCAUUACCAACUGCCGGAAAAGGUGCAAGAUGCUCGUCAAGAAGGCCUCCAUCGUCGUCGUCGCUAUUUCUAACCCCUGGGGGUGCGUGUCGGGGUCCAGAAUCAAAACGAAGAACAAAGGCCAGACGGCGACGACGCAUUCUUGGAUCGGUCGGGAAACCUCCCCGAGCGGCUUCACGGAGCACGCAACCGUCGUCAAGGUCAAGAACGACCAGUGCCGUGUGAGUUGCGCAAGCGGCUUCCUGGGGCGUUGCAUGGCACAGAAAGGAAACUGCGCGAACCCCUCAUGUCAAGAUAGCAUUGCCAUGUGGUGCGACUCGUGUUGCCGGAGGGCCGACGCCGAAGGUCAGGGAGUCUGCAGUUACGAAAAGUUUCUUGAAAAUGCGGGUGCCUCAGCCAUUUGUGUUCAUGCUCCUGAUGGAUUCUGAUUCUCACGACUCAGCGCAAAAUGUGUUCUAAGUCACAGUUGUCAGAGUACCACUUACUCUAAAUCAGUCACCAUGUUGAGAUAUUCUGUUCGUAUAUAUUUUUUUUGCUUCACCAUUUUUUGCCAAGCGAGCUGGACGAAAAAGACAUAAUAGCAUCGAAUGCAUGCUGCAUAAGAGAAAAACUAAAACACAAAAAAUUGCUUGCGAAAAAGAUCGAAAAAUGCGAAUUACAAAGUUUUAAGCAAACAGACAAACAAACAAAAUUUUUUGCACUCUUAUUUCUCGUUCUUCUCAUUUCGCCAGACAUGAUCUUGUAGAACAAUACCAGUAUAUAUAUUCUCUUCCUAGUUUCACACGAUAGUGGUCGUCGACUGCGAAGGCAUUUUUACUUUUUCAUUUUACCCGACCCCGACCCUGACCCCCCCUCCAGCAGAACGACGACCCAUCAGGUGGAACACAAUAAGAAGUAGUUCCUGCUUCAGUGCUGGUAUCCCCGACGACUCUUACUGGUAUCCCCGACUUCUGUUGCGUUUUUUCACGAAAAACCAAACAAAAGUAAAAGUUUACCCCAUGAUCGUUUCCACCUUCUUAUGACCAUCAUCGAGGACAUGUAAAUCAGAAUCCCCUCCUGAAGAACAAGGCAUCAAGCUGAAAGCCCAGCAUGAAUAACACGAAACCCCGAAGAACAAGAUUUCCCGUCCCGUACACGAUUAUUUAUUCCCAGAAUACUACUUAAAAGUAAAACCUUCUGCGCAAAUCAU